AUGACUGCAGAUCUAGUACCCCGCCUGCGUCCACCAACCUGCGCAAAACCACCGGAAGGCUCAGAGAACAUCAUAAUAUCUAAGGAAGGUCCGCAUUCCUUCAAAAUUGCGCUUGUCGCAUCAGAAGCAUUGCAGAAGCCGGCUGAGCUUGCAACCUCGAUUGGAUAUGCCUUAUGGGACAUCAUUGGCUCGAGCCAUUUUGCGGACACCGCUGAAUUCACGAUUAGCUUGGACUUGGGCUCCUUCAGACAGCUCCCAGAGAUAUUUGAGAAUCUAUCGCUUGAAUUCGACUCGGUUAACCAAAAAUCAGCACUGAUUAGUCGCUCGUGGUGGUAUCAGCAACACGCUAUAUUUUCUUAUCCUCAUAAGAACGCUGCGCAAGGAAACAUCAGGGAUCUAGCUGAACGUAAAGAUUCUUCGGCUCGAGAACAUCCCGACAGGAUCCUACAGAGUCAACUGCCGCCACCUACUCAAACUAUAUAUGAGCGUUAUAUAGCGCAUCUGGACAGUUACUUUUGCUUGUCCAUCUUCGGCGAUUCGGAGCACGAUUUGGACCUCUUGCACAGUUGGUUGAACGACCCCAGGGUAGACGAAUACUGGAAAGACGCCGGGGACCGAGAGUUCCAUGUGGAAUGGUUGAGACAGCGCUACGAAGACAAGCACGUUUUGCCUGUCUUAGGAUCCUACCGGGGUACGAAUGGCGCCGACCGAAAUGUCAUUGAGCCGUUUGCAUAUUAUGAAAUAUACUGGGCUGCUGAGGACAAAAUUUCCCGAGCAUAUACUGCAGACGCGUUUGAUAGAGGUAUUCAUAUGUUGGUUGGCUCCUCAGCGCACCGAGGCCCACACCGAGUGCGCUCCUGGCUGCCUUCCUUACUCCACCACAUCUUCAGUGACGAUCCUCGGACGCAAAGAAUCCUUUCGGAGCCAGAUCACCGGAACCUUAAAAUGAUCUCUUACCUUGAGAAAUACGGAUUUAAAAAGAUGAAAGAAUUCGACAUGGGUCACAAGAUCGCAGCGAUAAUGGUCAUCGAGAGAGAAGCGUUUUGGAAAAAUUGUCCAUUGUGA